AUGACACCAAACUUUGGGACAAAGCACCCACUCCAGAAGACAGAUUCAUACUUUGGGGACAAAAGUUCCUAUGCAGAGAAUAUUAGCACAGUUAAUUUUACAAGCUCUUCUUCAGCAAGAGGUUUGAAUAGCGCUUGGGUAGGAAAAACACCCCUCUCUUCUAGUAGGUCAGGUAGAAGCCGAACUCCUCUCAUGGGAUAUUCAGUUACUUCCUCGUCUGCAGUCUCUGCUCAUAACACCGCGUCAGUUAUUGUAGCAGUAGUAGAAGGAAGAGGACUUGCCCGAGGUGAAGUAGGAAUGGCUAGUAUUGAUUUAAAAAAUCCCCAGGUCAUUUUAUCCCAAUUUGCAGACAAUUCAACGUAUGCUAAGGUUGUCACUAAGCUCAAGAUUUUAACACCACUAGAAAUAAUAAUGUCAAAUACUGCCUGUGAUGCAGGAAAUGCAACAAAAUUGUUCAGUUUGAUAACAGAUAAUUUCAAGAAUGUGACUUUUUCUACUGUCCAAAGAAAAUACUUCAAUGAGACAAAGGGGUUGGAACACAUUGAACAGUUGUGUGCAUCUGAAUUCAGUACUGUCCUAAUGGAAGUUCAGUCCAAGUAUUACUGUCUAGCAGCUGUGGCAGCUUUACUAAAAUAUGUUGAAUUUAUUCAAAAUUCAGUUUAUGCUCCUAAGUCACUCAAAGUUUGUUUCCAGGGAAGUGAACAAACAGCUAUGAUAGAUUCAUCAUCAGCCCAAAACCUUGAACUAGUAACUAAUAAUAGAGAUUCUCGGAACAGACACACACUUUUUGGAAUUCUAAAUUAUACUAAAACUCCAGGUGGAAGCCGAAGACUUAGGUCCAAUAUCUUGGAGCCUCUGGUUGAUGCAGAAACAAUUAACACAAGACUGGAUUGUGUCCAGGAACUACUCCAGGAUGAGGAACUGUUUUUUAGUCUUCAGGAAGUUAUUUCAAGAUUUCUGGAUACCGAACAACUUCUUUCAGUUUUAGUACAACUCCCAAAGCAGGACACAGUUAAAGCGGCUGAAUCAAAAAUAACUAAUUUAAUCUACUUGAAGCAUACCCUAGAGCUUGUGGAUCCUCUAAAGGCUGCCUUACGAAGCUGCAAGACACCUUUGCUAAAAGCAUACUACAGUUCUCUGGAAGAUAAACGGUUUGGAAUCAUACUUGAAAAAGUUAAGACAGUCAUUAAUGAUGAUACCAGAUACACAAAAGGCUGCUUGAAUAUGAGGACCCAGAAGUGCUAUGCUGUAAGACCAAACAUCAAUGAAUUCCUUGAUAUAGCUCGUAGAACAUACACAGAGAUAGUGGAUGAUAUAGCAGGAAUGAUAGCACAGCUUGCAGAAAAAUAUAACCUCCCUUUGAAGACAAGUUUCAGUUCUUCUCGUGGAUUUUUUAUCCAGAUGAAUGCAGACUCUGCAGUUUUAUCCAAUGGUCAGCUUCCUUCAGAAUUCACGAAGAUUAUGAAAAUAAAAAAUACAUAUAGCUUUACUUCAGCAGAUGUGAUUAAAAUGAAUGAAAGGUGCCAGGAGUCUUUGAGAGAAAUUUAUCACAUGACCUACUUAAUAGUGUGUAAACUACUGAGUGAGGUCUAUGAACAUAUUCAUUGUCUGUACAAACUUUCUGACACUGUAUCCAUGCUGGACAUGCUGCUGUCAUUUGCCCACACCUGCACUAUUUCUGACUAUGUUCGCCCAGAAUUCACUGAUACCUUAGCAAUCAAGCAGGGAUGGCAUCCUAUUCUUGAAAAGAUAUCUCUGGAAAAACCCAUUCCUAAUAAUACAUAUCUCACAGAGGGCAGCAAUUUUGUCAUUAUCACAGGACCAAAUAUGAGUGGAAAAUCAACUUACCUAAAACAGAUUGCACUAUGUCAAAUUAUGGCACAGAUUGGUUCUUAUGUUCCAGCAGACUAUUCUUCUUUUAGAAUUGCUGAACAAAUUUUUACUAGAAUUGGUAUGGAUGAUGAUAUAGAAACAAAUGCAUCAACAUUCAUGAAGGAAAUGAAAGAGAUAGCCUAUAUCAUACAAAAUGCUAAUGACAGAUCACUUAUUAUAAUCGAUGAACUUGGCAGAGGUACCAGUACUGAAGAAGGUAUUGGCAUUUGUUAUGCAGUCUGUGAAUAUCUAUUGAGUUUAAAGGCAUUUACACUAUUUGCUACACAUUUUCUGGAACUGUGUCAAAUAGAUGCUUUAUAUCCCAAUGUGGAAAACAACCAUUUUGAGGUGCAACAUGUGAGAAGCAGUACUGGAAAUGAAGAAAAAAUUGCUUAUACUUACACACUUUCAAAGGGACACACAGAAGAAAAAAACUAUGGUUUAAAAGCUGCAGAAGUUUCCUCUCUACCUCCAUCAAUAAUUUUGGAUGCAAAGAAUAUCACAAAUCAUAUUACUCGACAAAUUCUGAACAGCAAAGACAAAGAAGCACUCCCGAGACAUUAAGACAGAGGGCUGUUUAUCAUCUGGCAACAAGGCUUGUUCAGACUGCCAGGAACUCUCGAUUGGAUCCAGACAGCUUGCGAAUAU